AUGAACUUACAUCCGGCUAACGCAAGACGCGUAUUUCCUUGUGUUGACGAGCCUUCUGAAGCUACAACAAUUAGUUUUACUUUUAACAACGUGCAGUAUGACCACAUGGUAAUGAAUUCAAUGUUGGAAGAAGGCAGCCAAACACAAUUUAGGGCUCUACAGGGUCCACCGCACUUAUGGGGUAUGGUAGCCCAUAACCUAAAUAAUAUUUACUAUCCUACUCAAAACGUGUUACUUCAUGGACGUCGAGAAAUAUCUAACCAAGAAGCUCAGGCUUCUAUUGCAAUAAACCAUUACUACCAUGCACUCAAUGAAUGGACUAACAAACCCUAUUUAGAAAUAAUUCUUAAUCAAGAUGGUAGAAUGAACGUCAUUGCUUUACCUGAUUCUGAUAGAGAUUGGUACGCUCUAUCGACAGUUUGUAUAUGGGAACCAUAUGUAUUCAUGGAAUUAACACAUUCUGUAAAACAAAGACAUGUUGGGCUCGUCAAGCUGGCUGAGGCGAUGGCAAGGCAAUGGUUUGGCUACGUCAUACACCCUGAGAACUGGAGGCAUCAGUGGGUUAUUAGCGGUCUUGGAACAUAUGCUGCUUAUGAAGUAUUUAAAGAUUUUCAAAAUGGCGCUCUGGACAUCGACAAUACGUUGUUAGAUGUAAAUACAUUGUUUGUAACAGAGGUUAUACAGGAAAGCCUUCUUCGUGACGCUUACGUUAAUAGUGAACCUCUAGAGGCUGCAGAAGACAUUUUUGAGAAAGAAGUUAUCAGGGAUAAUAUCAACGGAUUAAUAAAAUAUAAAUCUCCAGCGGUGUUAAGAAUGUUAAGACUUAUACUUGGUGGCCCUGAUGAUGAUUUUAUAAUGAAAGCUGCUAGAGCGCUACUAAAUAGCAGAUCAUUGCAAACUGUUAACUCUUUGAACUUCUACGAUGCGAUCAACAGCGAGUGGCUAUUUGGUGGCAACGAUCUAAUAGAAAAUAUACAAGGUUACCUAGAUCCGUUGGUGCAGACAACGGGUUAUCCAACGAUUCACGUAGGUUUAAGGCAAGGCGGAGUCCUCGUUACACAAGAGCGGUUUUCAUUUUCACCCGUAGACCAUAUAAACUAUUUGGUGCCUAUAACAUAUACGAGUAGUAUCAACCCAAAUUUCGAUUCUGAUAAUAUUUACCCCGUAAUGAUGAUGGAAGCCACUACAACUCUAAAUAUGGUUUUAGAUGAUGAAGAUUGGGUUUUAUUUAACAUUCAAGGUCAAGGUUAUUAUCGUGUCAAUUAUGAUGCGGAUUUAUGGGAGAGAAUAAUAGAAGCACUUGUGGAUCCAGAUCGUAGAGAAGUAAUACAUCCAUUGAAUCGUGCUACUUUAGUAGAUGAUGCACUAAAUUUAGCCCGAGCCAGCAAGCUCGAUUACGAAAUAGCUUUAAGAGUUGUGUUGGCUAUGGAACAUGAAACUGAAUACGCAGUUUGGAAAGCAUUCGCAAGAAAUAUGAACUUCCUAAGGAAACGCCUCGUAGCUCUAGUCGAGGAAGAUGAUGAUUUAGAUCAGGAUAUUUAUCUGCGAAUGAUUAGAAGAACAAUUGGAACGUUCGAAAAUGAAAUCGGCUUCACACCCGACAAUGUGAUUGAACCUGCAAUGACUACCCUCGUUAGAGGCUUAGUAAUGGAUCAUGCAUGUAGAGCCAAUUACGACCCCUGUAUUGCAGCUGCUGUUGACUGGUUUUAUGACCCCAACGACAAUACUGUAGUAAAUCCAGAUAUUCCUAAGGAUAUCAGACCAGCUGUUUACUGCACUAUGGUACGAGAAGGAGACGGCGACGUUAUUUCAGUCUUGUAUGACCGAUUGGAAAUAGAACCAUCACUCUACGAACGCCUCGUUAUAUUAGAAUCACUGGCUUGUUCGCAAGACGAAAAUUUUAUAAGAACUCUUCUAGAAGAAACAGUAGCACUUAAUGGUCCGUAUACUGCAGAAGAAGGAAUGAGAAUCUUCAAGGCGAUAGCAGAAAGCAGCUAUCGGAAUGCCAGACUUGCUCUCAAUUUCAUUAUUUUACGAACCAACGAAAUAAGAGAAAGGUACGGUGGCCCAGAAAAGCUAGAAGAGGCUGUUUACGCAUUAGCUGAAAACAUGGCAAAUGCCAAUUUGGCUACAGAUUUUUUCAACUGGAUUGAAUCUAGAAAUAACAAUCUAGAGGAUUCUGAAGCUGCUGCAGAAAAAGCAGCAUUACAAGUGAAAGAGAAUUUAAACUGGGACUCCGCGCACAUUGAUUACGUGUACGAGUGGAUAAAUGAAAAUGACGCACCUACUUUAUUCGUGUCUGCAUUUUUAUUAACUUUGUCAUUAAUAAUUGCAGUAUUUAAUCAUUAA